CUCGCGUAACAUAUGAACAUGUUUUGUAUCAACAAAAAUGACAUCACUUCACCUUUGACCUUAACCCGUGAUGAACACAGGCAGGACCCUAAUACUCCUGUGGUUAACGAAGAUCAAAUAUGGCGGAAACAGUAGAAACAGUUCAAAUCACAGUGAAAAGGAGGAAGACAGGAGAGGAAUGUACAUGUGUUAUGUCCAAAGACCUUGCAACAUUUUUGCAGGAUCCCAAAGGAGAUCCAGACACUAAAGAAUCGAUAUACAGACUUAUGUUUGAUUCCGAGUCGCCUUCGGAAUCAGCUGCAUUGCAUCCUGAAUCAGUGGCUACAAAUACACAGAACUUUGAAUCACCUGGCAUGAAUAUGCAAAAACCUGAGUCAAAUCCUGAAUCACCUACUGCAAAUGCACAAUUACCGCCUGCUAAAUCAUUGCCAAAGACAGUUCCUAUGGAAGAUGAUGAUCAAAAGGUUCACAUAUGGGGCGAAAGUGAAGAAAGGCAACUAAUUUUCCAACGAACCAUGUUUGAUGAAGCCUUUCAUAAAAACAAAAAUCAUGACACAUUAUGGAAUAAAAUUCAUGAAAACAUGAAUGCUGAAGGAAUUAAGGUUUCCAAGCUGCAAAUCCUGAAUAAAUUUAGAAAUAUGAAAAGGAAAUACAAAGAAACUAUCGACUUAAAUAAGCAAACUGGAAAUGAAAGAAUUGAAUAUAAGUACCAAAAAGAAUUCGAUGAUUUAUUUGGCAACAAACCAUCAACCAAAGCAACAGUAUCGUUUGACAGUGGUGCAAGUGUUGCAAAGCAAGAGAAAGAGAUACCGGUAACCGAUAAGAAAACAACUGAUAAAAAAUCAACUCACCCAAAGAAAAGGUCAGCAGAAAUGAUUUAUACUAAAAUGGAAACUAUGCAUAAAGAAAUGAGGGAACAGAUGCAAAGGCACCAGGAAGAAAAGCUGCAACGCUUUGAUAGACUUCUUGAUAUUUUCGAGAAAUCUGUUGAUAAAAAGUAAACUUUAAAGUGUCCCAAAAUUGUCUACAUACAUGUAUUAGGCUCAAUUUAAUUUCAGAAACCUCUGAUUACCUGUCUUCUUUUUUGUUGUAUUUUUACAAGUAGUAAAGGAAUAUUUUGAAUUCAUAAACUUUUAUGUUGCAGAUAAACAACCUUUUUCUGUUGAUACAUAGUUAUAUGUAUUAAACGUGUAUUGAACUACAGUUCUAAUGUACAGUUGUGUGAUUUACCCAAAAUAUGACAAUCAUAUAUUUUUUUUGUCUGUACAUCAGAAAAUUAAAUGGUUUGUUUUUUGUUAUUUUUGU